UAUUUUAACCACAUUGUCUGUAUAUCAAUUCUUUUUUGUGAACAAAAACAUGCCACUGAAGGUACAGAUACUACUCUCCGACGAAAAUUGUACUAGUUCUGUGAAGACGUGUACAAAAUGUUUUGGCUGUGCUUGUCAAAAUUACUCCUCACAAUAAGCGUUCUGUGUAUUUCCGAUUUAUACGAACGUGUUAAUUUCUGGAAGCUAUUUGGCUACGACAUCGAUGGAGUCAUUUGUAAGUGGAUAUUUAAUAAAAAAUAGCAGUAAAAAAUAGCAGAGCAAACUACAGUUACUCUUAUAGAUGAUAUCGUUCGAAAACGUGGGUGAAGUUUUGAGAUUUUUAUCCCUUGAAGUUCUUUUCCACGGAAUUCCAUACACGCUCAACAUAAUGAUCAAUCCUUUUAGUGCAUCAGUUGAUAGUCCACUGCUGAGUCCAUUCCCGAACUCAAGAGAAACCCAAAAAAUUGUCUCAGUAUAUCAAUUGAGCGGUUCCGCGUGUCACGACCUCAUUUUCGUUGAUACGGGAUUCACUGAUAUACCUGGUAACAAAAAGCAGGUUCGGCCUCCGAGGUUAAUGGCCUUUCGGAUUUAUACUGGAAUCCAGCUCUUCAGUUACGAAAUCGACGAAAGAAUGCUCCGAGAUGGAGUCACUUUAGCACUCCCACAAAAGAACCCAUACAAUUAGUUUUUAUUUUUUAUUAUUUUUUAUUAUUGCUGAUGUGCAAUUGAAAUUAGGGGGUUAAAAUGAACGAUGCAGAUUUAAAAUCACCUAAUAACGUUGGUUCGGGUAAGAAUAAUAAAAAUUAAAAGUUGCCGUGGCCUAUUUUUAUUAUUAUUAUUUUUUAUUGCCCUUAUAUGCAGACGAACAUACGGCCAUGGACUUCAGCAAUGCCAGGGGCAGAGCUAAGCCACUGCCUACCGUUAAGUACUCUCCACCUCGUUUGAAGAAGGGCAUGUCAUAGCGGCCUGAAGAAAGACAUGUCAUAGCGAUUUGAAGAAGGACAUGUCAUAGCUUAAAGGCCAAA